AUGCAGCUGUCAUUCCGCUUCGCGCAUGGCGGCACUUAUGGACCUGUUCAAUGUGAGACCCACAUGCGUGUCGAUGAUGUGGCCCACCGCCUGAAAACCCUUGUGAAGCCCGAGGAGAAAGUGUAUGCUCGUCUUCUCUUGGAAGGUUCGUGGCUAACAUCGUGUCAGAAGCUUUCAGAGACAUCGUUGACCGAUGGGGAUGUUAUUGAGACCGUGUGGGCUUCAGCAUCGCCCCUAGCCGAGCAAGGCAACGACAGGCAGGAGGUCUUACCGAGACGGCCAGCGAUCCUGCCAAGUUUGGACCGUCGUGCUGGUGCGCUUGACUUGCUCGACCUUUCCGGCAUGUACAAGCUUCAUCAGUCCCUUCAUGAGAUGGAACCACUGUUUACACCUUCAGUACAGGUGUUGGACAUUCGCCAGUGCGGCUUGAAAGCACCGCUCCUGCGUCAGCUGCUCGCGCAGGCACCAGCCUCUCUGAAAGAAUUCCGGGCCAGCCGCAAUUUUAUCGACCCCUCUGUGUUGGAGUGCCUUUGCGAGCGCAGCUUUCCCUUGAGGGUCCUGGACAUUGGCUACUCUCAUUGCAAGGACUGUUCGUUGUUGCCCCGCAUCGGAGAAAUUCUUGGGGCGUACUUGGAGGAGCUUGGAGUCGGAGAUCUAGCAAAGCUGAAAACCUCGACCACACUGCUGGCCGCGGCGGUCACCAAGUGUCCAAACUUAAAGGUGGUGGACUUUGCUCACAUCGACAACCUGGGCUUCUUAGAUGAAACCUUCAAGAGCCUGGCGCAGCACUGCCCAUUGAUUGAAGCUGUUUAUGGCUAUCGCACGGAACCCCGGGCCGCAAUGCUGCAAGACUUCCUCUCUCAUUCCCGGAACCUGGCGCACUUGGAAGUGUCUGGUAUCUCGGCACCUGAAACCAUCCGGCAAAUGGCCGAGCUCACUUCUUUGAGGUCUCUGCGCCUGGAGCUUUGCUCAUCUGACCCAGACAUGAUGGAGUCUGUUUGCCGUUUGCAGGUGGAGACGCUGUUUCUGGAGUUUAAUGGAGAUCCGGACGCUGAAGGGUGCGCAGAGGAUGAUAUAGAGUUCGUGCUGGAUCUUUGUGACAAUUCACAGGAACUCGCGAAGUCAUUUGGCAAGUCCCCUGCAACGUGCAUCUCGCUCAUCGUUGCCGCAGCGGACCCUGUGGUACUUCAAGCUGUGGGUUCCAGACUACAUGAGCUGGGGCCAAUGAGGUCCCACAGCUCAGAUCAUUCCAUUCUGGGUGCGCUCGUGCAGACGCCGAGCUGCUGUGUCAACCUUGUACGUUUGAGCAUCAACUUCUACGAGCAGAUUGAUGCAGGCACUUUGGCUACGGUGGCCGGGAUGUGUCCUCUGUUGAGGAUUGUUCAGCUGAAUGCCGACGAGUUUGGCUUUCAAAAGACGCCUAUUGACGAGGGUGUCCUGGCACUUGGCCGCCAGUGCAGCAGACUAGAACAUCUGGACUUCUGA